GAGAGUUGUGGCGGGGACCGAUGGGAACUGGGGGAGAGGAAAACUAAGGCGGCGCGGGCCCGCGACCAGGCCCGGGGGCAGCAGCCUAGCGAGGGCGGGGGAGGCCACCACCUCCCCUCGGCGCCUGGGCUCCGCUUUGUUUGCUCGCCGACGUCGCGUCCUUUUCUCCCGUGAGUCGGAGCCCGGGCUGCGUCGCUUCGGUUUUCCUCAGCCCAGUUAGGAAUCUGAAGUAAACAGGAAAGUAUGAUGUCUUCAGAAUGGUCUGAAUAUACCAUUGGUGGGGUGAAGAUUAACUUUCCUUGUAAAGCUUAUCCAUCCCAGCUUGCUAUGAUGAAUUCUAUAGUAAAUGGAUUGAAAACAUUUGAUGGGUUCAUUGACGAACAUCUAACCUUUGGAAAAUAUUACUGUUCCUGGCUACACUGUGUGUCCAUGAUUGUCAGAGGAUUGAAUAGUAAGCAGCAUUGUUUGUUGGAAAGUCCUACGGGAAGUGGGAAAAGCUUAGCCUUACUUUGUUCUGCUUUAGCAUGGCAACAGUCUCUUAGUGGAAAGCCAGUAGAUGAAAGCUUAAGUAAAAAAGCUGAAGUAUUAUUGUCAUGUUGUUGUACAUGCCAUUCAAAGAAUUUUACAAACGAUGACAUGAAUGAAGGAACUUCACGUCAUUUCAAUAGUACAAGUACACCACCUUCUGAGAGAAAUGGAACUUCAUCACCUUGUCAAGACUCUCCUGAAAAAACUACGCUGGCUGCGAAAUUAUCUGCCAAGAAACAGGCAUUCAUAUGCAAAGAUGAAAAUGAUGAUUUUCAAGUAGAGAAGAAAAGAAUUCGAUCCUUAGAAACUACGCAGCAGAUUAGAAAACGGCAUUGUUUUGAAAAGGAAGUACAUCAUUCUGAUACAAAAGUUACUCCAGGAAAGCCUACAAAACUCAGCUCUCCAUUAAGGAAGAUAAACUCCUUUUCUCCACAAAAUCCCUCUGGUCACUGCUCUAGGUGCUGCUGUUCUACUAAACAAGGAAACAGUCAGGAUUCUUCAAAUGCCACUAAGAAGGAUCAUGGGGGGAAAUCCAAGAUACCAAAAAUAUAUUUUGGGACACGAACACACAAGCAGAUUGCUCAAAUUACUAAAGAGCUCCGGAGAACAGCGUACUCAAGAGUCCCGAUGACUAUUCUUUCCAGCAGGGACCAUACUUGUGUCCAUCCUGAAGUAGUAGGUAACUUCAACAGAAAUGAAAAGUGCAUGGAAUUUCUGGAUGGAAAAAAUGGCAAAUCCUGCUAUUUUUAUCAUGGUGUUCAUAAAAUUAGUGAUCAACACACAUUCCAGACUCUACAAGGGAUGUAUGAGGCCUGGGACAUAGAAGAACUAGUCAGCUUGGGGAAAAAAUUAAAGGCAUGUCCAUAUUACACAGCACGAGAACUAAUACAAGAUGCUGACAUAAUAUUUUGUCCCUACAACUAUCUUCUAGAUGCACAAAUAAGGGAAAGUAUGGAUAUCAAUCUGAAAGAACAGGUUGUCAUUUUAGAUGAAGCUCAUAACAUUGAGGACUGUGCUCGGGAAUCAGCAAGUUAUAGUAUAACGGAAGUUCAGCUUCGGUUUGCUCGAGAUGAACUAGAUUGCAUGGUCAACAAUAACAUAAGGAAGAAAGACCAUGAGCCCCUACAAGCUGUGUGCUGCAGCCUCAUUAAUUGGUUAGAAGCAAACUCUGAGCAUCUUGUGGAACGGGAUUAUGAAUCAUCCUGUAAAAUAUGGAGUGGUAGUGAAAUGCUCUUGAAUUUACAUAAAAUGGGUAUCACCACUGCUACUUUUCCUAUUUUGCAGGGACAUUUUUCUGCUGUCCUUCAAAAAGAAGAAAAAAUUUUAUUGGUUCAUGGGAAAGAGAAGACAAGAGAAAUACCUGUUAUUAGUGCUUCAACUCAAAUAAUGCUCAAAGGACUUUUUAUGGUGCUUGAUUAUCUUUUUAGGCAAAAUAGCAGGUUUGCAGAUGAUUAUAAAGUUGCUAUUCAACAGACUUAUUCUUGGAUAAAUCAGACUGAUAUUUCUGACAAAAAUGGUUUCUUUGUUCCACCAAAAAAUAAGAAACGUUCACGACAGAAAACUGCAGUUCAUGUGCUAAACUUUUGGUGCUUAAAUCCAGCUGUGGCCUUUUCAGAUAUUAAUGGCAAAGUGUGGACGAUUGUUUUGACAUCUGGGACUUUAUCACCAAUGAAAUCCUUUUCAUCAGAACUGGGUGUUACAUUUACUAUUCAACUGGAAGCUAAUCAUGUCAUUAAUAACUCACAGGUUUGGGUUGGCACCAUUGGAUCAGGACCCAAGGGUCGGAAUCUCUGUGCUACCUUCCAGCACACAGAAACAUUUGAAUUCCAAGAUGAAGUGGGAGCACUUUUGUUAUCUGUAUGCCAGAUUGUUGGCCAAGGAAUUUUGUGUUUCUUGCCAUCUUACAAGUUAUUAGAAAAGUUAAAAGAACGUUGGCUCUCUACUGGUUUAUGGCAUAAUCUGGAGUUGGUGAAGACCGUCAUUGUAGAACCACAGGGAGGAGAAAAAACUGAUUUUGAUGAAUUACUACAGGUGUACUAUGAUGCGAUCAAGUGCAAAGGAGAAAAAGAUGGAGCCCUCCUGGUAGCAGUUUGUCGUGGUAAAGUGAGUGAGGGUCUGGAUUUCUCAGAUGACAAUGCCCGCGCUGUCAUAACAAUAGGAAUUCCUUUUCCAAAUGUGAAAGAUCUUCAGGUUGAACUAAAGCGCCAAUAUAAUGACCAGCAUUCAAAAUUGAGAGGUCUUUUACCUGGUCGUCAAUGGUAUGAAAUUCAAGCAUACAGGGCCUUAAAUCAGGCCCUAGGUAGAUGUAUUCGACAUAAAAAUGAUUGGGGAGCUCUUAUUUUAGUGGAUGACCGCUUCAGGAGUAACCCAAAUCGAUAUAUAUCUGGACUUUCUAAAUGGGUACGGCAGCAGGUUCAGCACCAUUCAACCUUUGAAAGUGCCCUGGAUUCUUUGGCUGAAUUUUCCAAAAAGCACGGAAAGCUCAUUGAUGUAUCCAAAGAGGACAGAAAGUCUCUACAGGACAGGCAGUGUACACAUGAAGUGGCUUGUUUGAAGGACAAUACCUCACCUUACUUUUUAGAAGCAGCAAAUCCUCUAUUAUCAGAAAAUCCUAGGGAAGAUGUUCCAGGAUUAUUGGAAGAGUCUGGCCAGGCAAUGGAAGCAGAAAACAUUGGGAUUUCCAGAUCCGCAAGCCCAACCUUCAACAAACAAGCAAAUAGAGUUAGCUGGUCUAGUUCUAAUUCUUUGGGGCAGUGUUUUUCUGGUAAAAUUCUGACUACAACACCUAAGUUUAGGUCAUCAGAGGACUGUGCCUCUAGUUCUUCCACUUUCAAAACAGAAAAGGAUUGUGAAACUGUUUUGCCACUCACUGAUAAAUUUGAAUCUUCAUCUCUAAAAGUAAACACAUCAUUUGAACCAUGCUCUCAGUCAGAAACUAUUAUUCCAUCAGUAAAGAUUGAGGCUGCUCUUAAAAAAGAUCAUUCCGAACAGCUACUCUGCUCUAAAGAAGCCCUGGAUCCAGACAUUGAAUUAUCUCUAGUGAGUGAAGAAGAUAAACUUUCUACUUCAAAUAGAGAUUUUGAAACAGAAGCAGAAGAUGAAUCUAUCUAUUUUACCCCUGAACUUUAUGAUCCUGUAGAUAAAAAUAAAGAAAAAAAUGAACUAGUUGAAACUGAUAGAGACAAUAGAUUGGCCAAUGAUUCAAAUUGUAUUUUAGCUGAAGAUCUUUUUGAAACUAGGACUACAACAGAAGUAGAUUCAGUCAGGAAAAUGAAAGUUGAGGAUUGCUCAGACACAAAGUUAAAUAGACUUAUGCAUAUUGAAGAAAGUAAAGAUGAUAUUGAUAAUAAUAUAAAAACAACUCAUAUAAAUGAAUUAGAACUGGAGAAAACUCAUGAAAUGGAUAUAAAGGACUUUAAACAGUCUCCUCCCAAAAAUAAAGGGCUGAAAGUUUAUAGAACAUACAGGCCACGAACCAGGAAAACUACCAGUUGGAGAAAGGGCUUUAUUCAUGGAAGAAAGGACCCAAGUAACCUGCCUUGCCAGUCAGGACUUUAUUGUAUUAUUUGUGGAAGUGAACUAUUACCUAAAGCAGAAGGAGGAGUUUUUAAAAAAGUUUUUUCCAAGAAUGCUGUGCUGAUAAAAAUCCAAAGAAUCUUUCUAAAUGUUAAAUUAAAUUGCACAGAAUCUCUUUGCCAUUGCUUAACUGAGUCCAAGAACAGUUCAAAAGAAGAAAAUUCAUUUUAUGUAACCAGGGACAGUGCUGCCCUUAACCAUUUAAAAACCACAUUAGUGGUUUUUCAGACUUCAGUAAAGAAUGAAGGUAAACUUAUUUAAUAGCUAUAUUGCUUUCUUAUCACUUUCUAAACCCCUUAAAUGUAAAUAGGGGACCUUUUUAUUUUCAUGUGAAUUCUCAAAUGAAAAGCAAUUUUAAAAAUUGCUCUUUAAAAUAUGUACCACUGACUUAAGAAUUGCAAAGAAAGAAAAAUAAAACAGAAUCUCAAAUUUUGUUCAAAACAAAGAAAUGUGUAAAUAAGAAAAGUCACAUCAGGACAGAUGAGACAUUGAUCUAUCUGUGUCUGAUACCUAUUCCAAAAAGGAAAAAAACAAAACCAAUUUACAUGGCACACAAAUCCAGGUCCAGUGCGUGCUUUGGCAGGCUUGACCUAGGUAAAGGAUGGGCAGGAGCUUAUGGGAGCAAUCACAUGGUAGAAGCAAUUGGGCUCCACCAGCUGUUUCUAAAAAACAAUGGGAUAGAUGCUUAGAGACAAACAACUCAUAAACGCAAGUAUUUUUACCUUUGCAUAAAUAUCUCAGGCUGCCCUGCCUUGUACAAUUUCCCAGCUAUUUUCAAGUCUGCUCAUCAUGUUUAUUUUUAUUCUGCCAAUACCUGUUUCUAAUGUUGGGUAGAAAGGACUAGGCCAAACACUACUGUUCUUUAUCCCAGCCCUACACUCUCCUAGAAAUAAGUUCUUCCACUCUUCCUAGGGACAAGGCGAGGCAUAUUACUUCUGUUCCAAAAUGCUGACUUCAGAUAACCCAGACACCUAUUAUUUACCAUUUUCAACAUCAGUGGGUUCAUCUAAACCCUUUUCUUCCCAUUUAAAAUCCGAGGGCAACAAGCUCUAUGAUAAUAUACAUUCAUUCAAUACUAAGUAUAAAAGGCCCUAAAAAUAAAACUUGGGAUUUCUUUUUGUUGCUACCCGUUCAAAGGUGGACCAUUCAGGAUAAGUCUGAAUGUUUACUUUGGUUACAAAUGUCUGCAGAAACAUAUGGUCAGAUCAUAUGUUUCUAAUAAUGUUCGCGUCAGUACUUUGCAGCUUUGACCAAUUUCAAUAUUUUCUCUGGAAUUGGAAAUUCUUUCUUGUGGGAAUGUAUUCAUUUAUCAAAAAAAAAAUGAAUAUGUGGUUGUUAAAAUUUCUUGGCUUAGUGCAGUGUGGGAGAUUGUAAGAAGGUUUUGAGAAUUACAACUUUGCAUAGAUUCAUAGUCAUCUUUUACACAAAUUCUUCCCAUUUCAACUGCAUACAUUUAAGCUUGAAGUGAAAAGCUAUGUUGUUAAUUUUUUUCUGUGCUGCAUCAUCCAACAUCUCAUUCUGAGUUUCCAGCCCUUUUUUUUAGUGACUUCCAGGCACAAAUAAAAUUCAAUCACAAGAGAGGUUGGGGAGUGCAGUGUGCAAGAGAGGUUCUCUCUUGGUCUCUUGUCUCUUCUCUGCCAUAACUGUACACCUUUGUCGUGUAGUACCAUUAAUUCCUACAGAAAGUAGCAAGUGCUCAUUCAACACCUGGAACUCUCAUUUCCUCCACAAGAGUUGCAGUUUACUCACUUUAUACCAAAGGCAGGCCAGCACAGAAGGUUAUCCUUGCAAAUUUGAGAUUUGUUUGGUGGAUUGUUCAACUAAAGAAUAUGGAGAAACUUUUUGUCCCGAAACCAGAUAUAUGAUAGUGAUAUCUAUUAUUGUUAUGAAUGUACUGUAAAAGGUAUGCUACUCCUGCAGAUGUAUUACCAGGUCAAAGCUUGAGCAAAAUUACUUUGCUAUUUUAAUUGUGGGAAAUUACAUUCUCAUAGACUUGUAUGAUAAACAAAUUUUUGUUUUAAACUUACUGGUGUUAAAUUUAUGAAAAGUCUCAUUUCACAAUUAAUGUAGAACAAUUUUCUGAUUAUAGAAUAUGGAGAUUUAUAAGGUUCUCAAUUAUACAUAUGGUUGUGUAUUUUUUUAAACAAAGGAUUACAUUUUUCUCUUGAAAACAAUUUUGAUUCUGAGGAAGGCACCAAGCCAAAGGGACUGAAGCAUGAGUUUUGGAUUUGGACAUUUUAAAUCACAGCCUACUGCUUUCUGACUUUAAUUUAUACUCCCUGAAACUGUUUUCUCACCCAUAAAAUGAGGACAAUAAUAAUUACCUCACAGCAUUGCUGUGAAAAUAAAAUAAUUUAUAUA